AGCUACAGUCACCAUGUCUGGAAUUGGAGACAACUGGACCACUUCCCAGCGCCGUUCCCAGCGCACUACCCGUAGCGCUGCCCAGGGAGGUCAAGACUUUUCCGAAGAGAUCAAUGAAGAUAUGUUGGCCACUGAUCCCAAUUCUCAGGCCCAGAGAUGGGAAUCCAAGAAGUACGCUCAGCGCACCCACCUGGACGACCAGGUUGAGGCUGGUGGCAUGGGCUCCUCAGGCUCCCGUAACCUGCAGGGUGGACAAGGUAUGAAAGGCGUCGAGGACACCUCUCGUACUUCCGGAGAGGGAAUGGGCGGUAUGCAUAAUGAGGAAGCCACCGGGGCUUACCCGAGUGCUUCAUCUCAGGGCCAAUACCAGAGCUCUAGGGCCACUGAUGACCCUGGCGAGGGUAUGUCUGGGCUGAGUGGCAAGAAUCAGGGAUACGGUGAUCAGGGCUAUGGAGGCCAGAGCUACGGAAACCAGGGCUACGGAAGCCAUGCUGGUAGUGCUAAUCCACCAGAACACCAAGAGACAGGCGGCGUUCUUGGUUCCCUUGGUGAGAAAGUAAAGGGAGCUAUGGGUGAUGUUAGCAAGAAGGCUUCCAAGUUCAGCGAGUAA